AUGGCUUCCACUAAUGACCUUCCCCGCAUCCGAGCAUGUCUCUUCGACAUGGACGGCUUGUUGAUUGACUCCGAAGAUUUGUACACCAUAGUCACGAAUGAGAUCCUCCAAAAGUACGGCAGACCCAUCCUUCCCUGGUCAGUCAAGGCACAGUUGCAGGGUCGACCCCAACCGGAGGCCGCCAAGAUCUUCAACGACUUUGCCCAGCUCCCCAUAAGCGAGGCGGAGCUCAAGGAGGAGCAAUCAACGCGCCAGCGACACUACUUCCCACAGUCGAAGCCACUCCCCGGUGUGCCAACUCUGUUGUCUAACCUUGCGUUGACAAAGUCAACCGACGAGCCCGUAUACAUCGCGCUAGCAACAUCAUCGCACAGGGGUAACUACAAAUUAAAGACCGACCAUCUGACAGAGUUGUUCUCGGUGUUCCCCGAAUCUAAUAAGGUUCUUGGAGAUGAUCCGCGCAUCGGAAAGGGCCGAGGCAAGCCUCUUCCUGAUAUUUACUUGCUUGCGCUGGAGACCAUCAACAUUGAGCUGCGCAGCCAGGGGAAGACAGAGAUCAAGCCGGAGGAGUGUCUCGUAUUCGAAGAUGCGGUUCCGGGAGUUGAGGCUGGUCGUCGUGCCGGCAUGCAGGUUGCCUGGUGCCCUCACCCGGGUCUCCUAGGAGCCUUCAAGGGCCGGGAGGAAGAGGUUCUCGCUGGAGCCACGGGUUCGCACAAGGAGGAGGAGAAGACAGAAGCCGAGAAAGAGGCAGAGGAGCUCCAGGCCCCGCGUUUACAGGGUUCUGGAACGCCUGGCAAGAUUGGUGAUGGGUUUGGUCAGCUCUAUUCCACAUUGGAAGACUUCCCGUAUGCGAAGUAUGGUAUUCGGAUUCCCUGA